GUUUAGGCUUAACAAAAAAAAAAAAGAGUGAAAAAUUAAAAUUGAAAAAAAAAAAUGUUUUAAUGUUUAAAUUUUAAUUUAAUUAUUUUUAUUGUUUCAUCAAUUAUUUUGUAUUCUUAAAUAAAUACCAAAGUUUUAAAUAAAACGCGAGCGUUGGUAAACACAACACCAAAAAAAAAAAAUGCAAAUUAAAUUUAUUAAGGAAUUUUUUUUUAGAAUUGUUUUUACUCUAAUAACGUUGAAAUCUUCAAAUUUGAAUUAAAAAAUUUUAAUUAAUUUAAUUAAAUUUAUUUUUAUAUCGUAUUAUUGUUUACGGUUGAAUAAACACAAUUUUGAAGAAGAAGUAAUAAAACCAGAAUCACGAACUCGAGGAAUAUAUAUAACAGAAACAACAACAAUAAUAACAAAAAAAAAUCAGAGAAAAACAAGAGAAUACAAAAAAAUAACCAUGAACCCAAAUUGGUACUAAAAAAGGAAAUUUUUGUUAAUGAAAAUUUGUUAUUUUCUCGUUCUUUAUUUUUAAGAUUUUAUUUUUAUUUUUUGUUUUUCUUGUUUAAUUUUCUUGUUUUUUUUUUGUUUCAAUGUUUUUUAAAUAGUAAAGUAAAGAAACAAAAUAUACAUACAUAUAAAACGGUUGUGUAUAGUUAAUACUUAUAUAUAUAUAUAUUAAAAUAUAUGGUACAUACAUAUUAUAUAUGUAUAUGUAUAAAAUAACAAAAAAAAAAAAAAAGGAAAAUAAACUGAAAUUCUUAAAGGACAUACACACUCAUACAUAUGCAUAAAAUUUUGUAUAUGAAACUUCAUCAUUAAACAUAUGUAACUCCAAAAUAUAUAUAUAUAUAUAUAUAGAUAAUAAUGUGUAUAUAAUACACAAAAUAUUUAUAUUUAUAUACUAUAUAUUUUAUCUUUCAUUUAUAUAUACUAUAUAUAUAGCGAAGAAAAUAAAUAUUACAACAUUAUAAUAUAAAAUAAAUUUUAUAUAUUUGAAGAUUCACAUAAUGCUGGGAAAAUGAACGCGCAUUUUGAAUCGUUAUUAAGAUUUAAGACGUACAUGGUUGUUAUUAAUUUGAGAUAAUAAAGAAUUUCUUUUUUCUCUUAUUUUCUUUCAACACAAUAUGACGAUAUUAUAGAAAGAAUAUAGAAAAAAAAAAUCGAUUAAUUUAGAAAAAUUUAAACAAAAAACAAGAAAAAAAAAGUUAUAAACUCCAAUGGCUUUUUAUCCUACGUGGCAAACUGAUCCUCCUCAAAGUUGGCAAAAUCAUUUUAUACAACAGUUACCACAUCAAAAUCAGCCACCAUAUGCACCUUUAAGCUCUUUAGAUUUUCAACCUCAGAGCUACUCAUACCAGCAUCAAAAUGGGUAUAUUCAACCUGGCCUUGGAUUUCCAGAUCCAAAUUAUGGUAGAUCAUAUGUAACACCUGUUCAUCAAAGAUAUGAUUUACAAAAUCAACAUUUACCAUCAACUGCAGUUGCUGCCGCUGCUGUUGCUGUUAGUGAUCCAACGCAAAAUCUUGGAAUUUCAUCUGGUGUUGGUUAUCCUAGUCAAAUAUCAAAUGUUGCACCUACUGUUUUUCCAUCGCAUACAUUUCAAGAAAGAAAUAAAGCAACAGUACCAACAUCAGAACCAAACAGUAUUGGUUUUCAACCCGUUAAUAAUAAUAUAAGUCAACGUUCUUUUAAUUAUGGUAGUCAUUAUUUGGAUCUCAAUUUGUCGCAAGGACAAACAAUUUUGCCUGAACACCAGCAGCAACAUCAAACGUCACAACAACAACAGCAACAACAACAACAGCAACAACAACAACAGCAACAACAACAGCAGCAACAACAACAACAGCAGCAGCAACCACAACAACCGCAACAACAGCAGCUUCAACAGCAACAAAUCCAACAACAAACACAACCACAAUCUCAACAAUCACAGCAACAGCAGCAGCAAUCACAACAGCAACAGCAAUCAUCCAAUUUACUCCAUCAACAGCAACAACAAUCAUCACAACAAGCUAUUCAAAAUAAAACAUCAUCUCAUCCCCAAACAGAUCAUCUUAGUUUUAAUAAUUGUAAGCAAAAUAAUGCGACUACUCGCCCACCAACAACUCAAACACCUUCUGGAAACUGUGAUAAUCAAAUGCAACAGCAACCACAACUUCAAACGCAGCAACAACAACAAUUUCAACAACAAAAAGAGAAGCAAAAUAUAGCAAUGGCACAAAAUGCAGUUUUAAACAAUAAUAUGCAUUCAACAUAUGAACAAAUGUAUCAUCAUCAAAUGCCAAAUUAUAAUCCUUCAUUAGGAAUUAAUUCGCAUUCUAUUGAUUCACUUCAAUCUUUAGUCACAAAUCCUAGUCUUAUUAAUAACAAUACUACUGCAAAUCAGAUUCAACCGUCAAAUAUAAAACCGAUAAUCGGUCAUACGCCACAUAAAUCAAAUAAUCCUCAAGCUUCUCAUGUUUCUAAUAAUACAAGUACAACUCAUAAUUUAUUCACACCGCACAAUCUCAAUUUAUCUCACAAUCCUCAAAAUUCAAAUCAUGCCGCACAAAUAAAUCAAAAUACUCAUAACAAUAAUAACAAUAAUUCAUCUAAAAAUAAUUGGAGAUCUCAACAACAAGACUUUAGUACAAAUGAUUCUUUUAGUAAUAAGUCAGAAUCAAAUAGCUUGAACCCUAAAAUGUUGGAUAAAAAACAUUCCAUAAAUUACGAAAAUCGAGGAGAAAACGUUCAAACUCCAUGUCCUACAAUUAAAACUGAAAUUAUCGAUGAAAAAUCUAGAACUAUGGGAAAUGCAAACAACUCUAUGAAUCAACACCAGCAUGUUGCUGAAAAUUUUCAAAAUUACCAUCGACCAUUCGUUCAAAAUGUCCCUAAUAUUAAAAAUGAAAUGCAACAAAUGCAACGUAUAAACGCACCUAACUUAACAAAUCAACAAAUGAAUAUGAAAAGUAUCACAAAAACUGAAAAUGACUACAAUAUAUGGAAUCCUCUUGAAAACCAACCUGUUAAAAAAACUAGCGAACGCUUUUCUUCCUUUAAUGAACCGGCCAAAGAACCAAAACAAGAGCAAUUUUCACAAUAUAAGCCAUAUAUGAAUGUGAUAGAUGAAAAAGCUUCAAAUCAUAAAAAUAAUUCUAAUGAAGGUAUUCUUUCUUCUAUGGUACAACAUCAACAUAUUGCACAGCACAACACUAUAAAAGAUCCACUAACAAAUAAUAUGCCAUAUACAGUUGGAAAUUAUACAGGUAAAAACCCACAUCAAAAACAAGUUUAUAAUCAACAUCACCCUCAAGCUAUGCCACACCAACUAAAUCCACCCGCUAAUGUCCACCCGAAAUCUCAAACUGAUAUAACAACUUUAGAGAGUCCGGAAAAAAAUUACCAAAACUUUAUUCAAUAUGCUGAUUAUUGUCAAAAUGAGGUUCAGAAUCAAAAUUCGAAUCAAAAUAAAAUGUUAUCAAAUGAAGUAUCACAUCAUCCGCAACAUCCAUCACAAAUAUUACAACAACCUGGUACUGCUUCUUAUCGCGGACCAAUGUUUAAUCCGUUGUAUUAUGGUCAAGAAACAAACCAAAAUAAUCCCAAUUUUGAAAAGAAGCUUCUAGAUCAAAGUCAAAUAAAAACAGAACCAGGUUUAGAUUUAAAAGAACCACAUUAUCAUCCACAGCGUUUAAAUCAUCAGCAACCUCAUUAUCAACAGGAUAUUAAGAACAUUCAACAAACCAUGCAAAAAUUUGAUCCACAAAUGCCGCUCUCAACAAAUAAUUCUCAACAACAUUUAAUACCAGAAAAUAACCAAUACAAUUCGCGAAAUGAAUAUCAGCAAAUCAUACCAAAUAUGCACCCACAUCAUAAAAUGUCUCAUUUAGAUAGUAGAUACCCAUUUAAAGGUGAAGGGGGCCCAGCCGCUAUUAAAGACGUAGUUGGAUUCUCCUGUUGUAGACAAGGAGGUAUACAUACGCCAACUAGUGAACAUUUACAAGGUGGAUUUUGUAGCGGAAUGCAGACGAAAGAUGAAGUUCUAUUGGAAGAGGGAGAAGAAGAAAAUGAAAAACCCGUAAUUAAACAAGAACCCGGUAAUGGAACUGAAACCGAAACUAUUAAAACUGAAACUAUGGUUCCUUUGCUUGACACAUCAGAUAGAUUGGAAAAGGGAAACAAACCUGAAAUUCCUGAAUGUGAUUGCUUUUCUUCAGAUAAAAGUCCUCCUGAACCAGGAAGUUAUUAUACUCAUUUAGGAUCCUCGGCUACCCUUUCCGAGCUAAGAAAAGAAAUUGAAGAUCGUUGCGGUCUCUCGGGUAGGCAGUUAAGAAUCGAAAAAAUUUUGUACACAGGAAAAGAAGGCAAAACAACUCAAGGAUGUCCUCUCGCAAAAUGGAUUAUUAGAAGAGUUGAUCCUGAAGAAAAAAUGCUUGUUGUUGUAAAAAAACGACAAGGGCACAAAUGUAAUGCCACUUUCAUAAUUGUUUGUCUUGUUGUUUGGGAUGGUAUGCCAAGAUACGAAGCAGACAUGGCAUAUGAUAAACUAAUAGGUAAACUAAAUAAAUUUGGCUUACCAACAACUCGUCGUUGUGCGACAAACGAAAAUAGAACGUGUGCUUGUCAAGGUCUUGAUCCAGAAUCUUCUGGAGCAUCCUACAGUUUUGGUUGUUCCUGGUCUAUGUAUUAUAAUGGUUGUAAAUACGCUCGCUCAAAAACUGUUCGAAAAUUUAGGCUAUCAGUUAAAAACGAAGAAAUAGAAAUCGAAAAACAUAUGAAUUCCUUAGCAACAAUCUUAGCACCUUUAUUUCAUAGGGUAGUACCAAAGUCUUAUGAUAACCAUGUCAGAUAUGAAAAAGAAGCGCCUGAAUGUCGACUUGGGUUAAAACCUGGUAAACCAUUUUCAGGUGUUACAGCUUGCCUUGAUUUCUGUGCUCAUGCUCAUAGAGAUUUACAUAAUAUGCAAGAUGGUUGUACGGUUCAAGUAACUCUGUUAAAGCCAUCAAACAGAGAUAUUAAAACACCAGAUGAUGAACAAUUCCAUGUGCUUCCAUUAUACACUAUGGAUACUACAGAUGAGUUCGAAAACGCCGAUGCUCAAAAAGAAAAAAACAAAACUGGUGCAGUUCAAACCCUUGAAAAAUAUUCGUGCGAAGUUCGAGUACGUUCUACUCCUUUGCAGCCAUGCCGAAGGCACGGUAAAAAAAGAGUUAACGGAAAAGAGAUUGAAGAGUUUGAUGAAACCCCUAUAAAAAAAGAAAUGUUGCCAAAUGACUCACCAGGCUCUCCUACAACUACAAAAAAAGAUGCCUGUAAAAUUAAACCCAAGCAAAAAUCGAACUCAAUAGACAUAAGUACGACGAAUGAUCAAAGUUCAGAAUCGUCGCAACCGCCAACUCCACAACAGCCACCGUUGCAGCAACAACAACAACCACAGCAACAGCAACAACAACAACAGUCACAACUACCGUCACAACAACCACCACAACAAUUACAGCAAUCACCUCAACAACAGUUUAACAUUCAAGAAAAAAUUCAGCAGGGUCAUCAAACAAUACCUCAGCCAUCUACAACUCCAAUUAAGCGAAAUACACCACCUCCGUCACGGGGUCCAACUCCUGUGACAAAUUUUCAAAAUCAAACAACGCCUAGCCCUUUUACAACUGCAGCGCCAACAAAUCAAACAGCUGCUCAGAUGCAUAUGUCUACCAAUUCUAGUCUUUUAAAUAUGGCAACUAUGAUCGACAAUUUCACGGAUGCCCAACUUCAGUCAAAUCAAAUAUCGAGUACUGUGUUAGACUCUCCAUACUCCUAUGACUACCAGACAGGCUCUUAUAUUGAAAACCGUAACUAUUAUAACAACUGGUCUUCCACGCCAACUGCGCAAGCUCCUGCCACGCCAAUAACACCAAAUCAGACAUCUUUGCCAAAUAACAAUCCUAAUUUGGAACAACAUAAUACACCCAUAAAUAAUGAAACUCCUCAAAUGCAAAUGAUGCAGCACAAUAAUGGUAAUUCAAAUACGAAUCAGCAACAGCAGCCGCAGCCGCAACAACAACAGCACCAACAGCAACAACAGCCACAACAGCCACAACAGCCACAACAACCACAACAGCAACACUCAUACGCAUCUGGUUAUUCUGGAAAUUAUUUUAUGAACUCAUCUUCGCCAACUUCGACAUACGAACACUCUACUCCGCCACAAAUUCGGCCGAAUUAUAAUGUUGAUGCACAAACAAUGGAUGUUAAAAAUAAGGGGAAUAUUGAAGAUAAUCCUGAUUCGACCACAUAUUUAAAUGAAGUGAAGAACGCUAAUCAAGCGUCUAUGGCACAUGAAAACGAAACUAAGCCUGUAGUCAACAAUAAUUUUGUAAAACCAAGAAGUUUCCAAGACCAUCAGUUUCCCCACCAAUAUCCUAAUAACUUUCAAAUGUAUCCGUCACAUCAUCCAGUACCACCCCCAAAUGCCGGUAAUUACCCACCAUUUGAUUCGUAUCCAAAUAUGAAUUAUAACUAUAACUACCGUCAUCAAACAUAUAACCGUUUUAAUAAUGUGUAUCCGCAACCACCGCCUACAGUUCCACCACCUCUAGGACCCCCUACUUCUCCAUGGAACUUAUACCCUUCUUCGACUUCGGAACAUUCUUUUGGUACUCCGCAAUAUUAUAGAAUGCACCAAGAAAAAACUUAUACACAACUAACACCAAAUAUGCAUCCUCAUCAAAAUGAAAUCCCACCACCACCCCAACAUAACCCAAUGCUUACACAACAGCCACAACCGCCAAAUGAAUGCAAACCAACUGUUAAAGUAGAACCAAUAGGUGAAGUAACAGAAGUUAAUGACAAUCUUGAAGCAUUUUCCGAUUCACAAAUGGGUGGGGUAGCAAUUGCUUUAAAUCAUGGAAGUGUUUUAAUUGAAUGCGCUAAACAUGAAAUGCAUGCAACUACUGCGUUAAAGAAACCAAAUAGGUUACAUCCAACUAGAAUGACACUUAUUUUCUAUCAACAUAGAAAUCUAAAUAGAUCCAGGCACGGAAUUGAUGAAUGGGAAGAAAAGAUGCGUAUUAAAAAACAUAAUAUGGAGGUUGAAGCAAAAACCAAAAAGAAAAAUUCCAAAUCAGACAUAAAAUCGGAAAUUAACAUUAAAAUGGAAAUAUCUAGUGAUGAAAAAUCAAACAUGAAUUCGGAAAACGAUAUCUCAGAAAAUUCAAAUCCUUUGAAUGAUGAACAAAGUAAAUCAAAUGACAAAAACGGUGCUGAUUCCAAAAAUGGUUCAACUGGUGAAGGUGAUCCAAAAAAUGAUAAACUUGUUAUACGAGCACCAACGUUAACUACAACCUCUUGGACUACAUUAUUUCCAAUGCAUCCUUGUGUAAUAACCGGCCCUUACCAAGAGGGUAACACUAAUAACAACAACAACAAUAAUAACAAUAACAACGGUAAUAAUAGUAACACUAAUAAUAAUAAUAAUGGUAAUAGUAGCAAUAAUGGUAAUAAUAAUAGUAAUAAUAAUAAUAAUAAUAACAAUAACAAUAGUAACAAUAACUGCAAUAAUAUAAACAAUAACGGUAAUACUAACAAUCUUAAUACUGGUAACAGUAAUAAUAAUAAUAUCAUAAAUAAUGGUAACAAUAGUAACAUGAAUAGCAGUAAUAUUAACAGUUCUAAUGGAAGUAACAAUAAUAACAAUAGUAAUAUUCAGUCUUCAGCUACCUCAAUCAAAACUUAAAUUAAAUGAAAAAAAAAUUUAAAACGACAACACCCUUAAUAAAUCUUAAAAAAAAAAACAAAUUAAAAAAAAAAAACAGUAUUGCAUAUUCAAAGAAUAAAUUUUUUUCGAAAGUCACUAAUAUUAUUUUUUUAAUUUUGUGAAUAUUAUUUUUAUAAAUUAUGACAUGUGAAUAAUUAAAAAUAUUUAGUUUCCAAAUCGUAUAAAAUUUCAAAUUUCCAAAAUUAAAUGUUUCAAAAAUUAUAUUAAAAGCGUUGUUUGUUCAUCAGACAAU